GAGGCCAAAAGCGCAUCCAUCAUCAAGCCAAGACGAUCACGAUCACGCUGCCUCGAGAGCGGGUGCUAGUGCUGCAAGAAAGCAAUGAAUUUGAAGGAGUCAGAAGCCUUCUUCGGGAAAACCUUCUCAAUCACCAUCUUAUUCCUAGUCGUCCAAAGAGUCCACGACAUUGCCGCAAGCCGCCCCAAACCCUAACGGUCCCGUCCAAGGAGACGGGUAAGACCGCGAUGGCGACUGGGCGAGGGUGAGCACGCCCAUCUGCCUUGAUCGCGCAGCUGGAAACCAGUGCUCCAGAUCCGCGUCGAUCCGUGUUCAUCUUUCACGCCUAAGACGUCCGCCGCCGCCGGAGGAACUAGUUUGACUGCCCUACACUACUCGAAGAGAAGAGGACCAGAGAUGAGACUGGGUCAAGCUGCGGUGGCACUACUGGACACUCCCACAGGUUUCGCUUUAUUCAGUGUUAAUGGUAGGAUAUGUUCCGGGCCGCAGAAGCUCUGGACGUGGUUUAUCAUGGAUAACGUUGCCACGGAAAUUAUCUUAUUCCUCGAGUACAUCAAGGUUGAUGACAAGUCUGCUGUGAUGGGCGUCGAUGGUCCUGGGGAGAGGCUCGCUUAUUCAAUCAGGAGGCACUGCAAACACAUACCACAGCUGGUUGUCGAGGAUGAAAAUCUCAGGGCUGCUAUCAUCAAGUCCAAUCUGGGAGUCGAUUGCUACGACGACAAGGACGUUAUCCACGAACUGAUGUGGGGGUUGAGGAAUAUGAUGCCGUAUUUUGUGCGUAAAGAAACACACAACAGCACUCGUGAGUACCUUCUCCCGUUAUGCCAAGGGUUUAAAGAUUGCGUGAAUAGAUUUGGAAUCAGUAUUUCUGCAGAAGCAAUUGAUAAAAACUUCAUAGCGUAUGUUGGUUCAUUGGAUCGAUGCGAUGCAAUAUUAAAGCAUGCAGCCAAGACGGUGCGUGAGACAUGUGACAAGCUGGUUCCGGAUAUCGGUCGAAUUAUCGAGGAUGACAAGCUCUAUGCAGAAGUUAUGGCGAAGAUUCUGACCCCUAUCGCGGUGAUAGAAUGGCAUCCCUCCAUCAAGCGGUUGCCCGUUGAUGUGGUGCAGAAGAUAGAGGCUGCAGAUACUGCAGCAGAUGAUGCACGAGAACAAGUUGAUUAUGACAUGUUUUGUCUAAUAAAUGAAUGCCUUCGUAUCCUUAAGCUUUACCCUGGAUGGAUAAAGGAGUUGCUUCAGAAAAUCAAGCGUUUGGUUGAUAAGUCUUCUGGACGCCAAAAGAGGAGCCGCACAGUGGUAGCUGGACAGGCAAGCGACGACUGCUCUUGUGCUAAUGGUGUGUGUGCUAAGAAACUGAGGGCCGUUAAGGGGAAGCUUGGUGUUGAAACCCUUGGUGAUCUCCUCCUGAGCAAGGAGAGUGCUGAUAUUACCUUUGAGGUUGGUGGCGACAAGUUCUCUGCGCACCAGUCCGUGCUUGCAGCCCGAUCGACGGUCUUCAAGGCACAGCUCAUUGGCGCCAUCAAUGACGACACUACGGCAUCAAGUGUCGUCAAGAUAGAUGACAUGAAAGCAAACGUCUUCAGGGCCUUGCUUACUUUCAUCUACACUGAAGAAAUUCCCAAAUUUGAGAUUGCGGACAAGACAGAUGAUACAAAAGAGGAUGAAACGGAACAAGACUGGCUGCUGCAGCUCCUUGAAGCCGCGGAACGAUAUGAUCUCCAAUGGUUGAAGUCAAUCUGUGAAGAGAAGUUGGGCAAUACGAUCCGCGAAGACACGGUGGCAGACAUUAUUGUCGUGGCUGAGCGGAGACGCUGCCCCUGGUUGAAGGCGGCUUGCUUGGACUUCAUCGAAACUCACACAAGUUUGCACACAGUUUUCACGGCUGGUGGAUUGGAGAAAAUAAUCAGGACCUGCAGCCCCUCUGUUCUCAAGGAGCUUAUCUCCAAGUUCCAAACCUAUAUAAGAGGGUGACAAUAUUGUAUCCACCGUCGUCUGAUAGCUACUAUGAAAGCCAUCAGUCGUAGUGGUUAUGUGAUACUCAAUGUGGUGUAUUAUUUACAUCACUCUAUGAAAGCCAACUAC